UUGGCUAGGGGUGCAACUUGUACUCAGGAGCGACUUAUGUCUGAAAUUAUUAACACAUUAUAUCAUUUCACAUGUUAUUCUGGUGUUUUGGAGUGACACUGAUGGUUUGGUAAACUUGUUAGCAUGUUCUUUAUGCUAAAGUGAUCGGAAUAAGUUCAUAGAUAUGUUACGUUAACAUACCGGGCACGUUCGCAUUUCGUUGUUCAUGCAUCAUGUAAUAUUAUCAUACUGUACACUUAUUCGGCAUGUUGUUCUCUAUUGUAUUUUUAUUUUAAUCAAAUUGCCUUUCAAGAUGACAUAACUGCUCUAUGUGUUGGAUUUUAUCAAGUAAAUUUCCCCCAAAAAUGCGUCUUAUACUCCGGUGCGACUUACCUGUAUAUAUGUCAUGUAUUAAUGUUUCAGCUAUUAAUGUUUCAUCAUAUUGCAUCACACUCAUGCAUCACAAAGCUUUCGUCACAUGUUACUGUACACCCUUUAUUAUGUCACAAGGAACAACUGAGAACAGGAUAGAAGCCUCGACCAGACAACAUCCAGUGUCAGGUCGUACUGUCAUGUGCGAGACGGAGGAACCAGUUGCGUAUCGCAGACACAGGAUCUUAUUGAAGAUUUAUCGACUCUAGCAGGACGCUGGGGAGUGUUGGAGCUUCCAAAGUUUGAGCAUCCGCCUGACUUUGAUGAGGGCGAGCUCCUGAGUCGAAUUACAUCCAAGAAAAGGACUGACAUGGAAAAGGACACUGUUUCAACCCCGAAAAUGUCAGACGAGAUGACAAUCAUAUUGAGUGAGCUUCAGAGCAUCCACGCGGAGAUUCGAGCCCUGAGGGCGCUGGUAACAAGUAUGAUCGAGGUAGGGAGGGCUCGUGCAGGGCCUUUUUGAUUAAGAGUUUGUUGGACUACACGACCUCAUGUAGAAACCAAAAGAAAAAAUAUAGUCUGAUUUUAAAACUUUCAUCGGUUAUGCAUGAUCCAGUGGGGCAACAACUCCCACCUGACUUGUCACCCUGGUGUCACACGCACCAUCCACCUGCUCUCCCAGCGAUUCUGGUGGCCUUCGUUGAGAACAGAUGUCCAAGACUUAGUGAAAGCCUGCCCCACCUGUAGCCAGAACAAGACCCCCAGCCACCUUGCUCCAACCCCUGCCAGUCCCCAAACGCCCGUGGUCCCAUAUAUCAAUGAACUUUGUAACUGGACUCCCUCCUUCUGAAGGAAACACUGUCAUCCUCACGGUUGGGGACAGGUUCAGCAAGAUGGCCUGCUUCAUCCUGCUGCCAAGAUUGCCCACUGCUAAGAAGACUGCACAGGUGGUUAUGGAGCAGGUGUUCCGAAUUCACGGACUACCGAGGGAUGUCGUAUCUGACGGAUGUUGUAUCUGAACGGGGUCCGCAGUUUGCAUCCUCCUUCUGGAAGGAGUUCUGCCGCCUCCUGGGAGCCACAGCGAGCCUCACGUCAGGCUAUCACCGCUAGUCUAAUGGCCAGUCGGAAAGGCUCACCCAAGAGCUUGAGACAUCCCUCCGCUGCAUGGCUUCACGCAACCCCCAUUCCUGGGCGCAACAUCUGCUGUGGGUGGAAUACGCUCACAACUCCCUUCCCAGCUCUGCCAUGGGCCUGUCUCCCUUUCACAUUGUCUUCAGCUAUCAACCGCCUCUGUUCGCCAGCCAAGAAGGAGACGCUUCCUGCCCUUCCGCCCAAGCCUGCGUACGGAGAUGUCGCCGAAUCUGCUCUCAAGCCCGUACCGCUCUUUUAAACUCGGUUUCUGGUCAUGCCAUCAGAGCCAACCGACGAUGGACUGCAGCCCCUGCAUACCAAGUUGGCCAGAAGGUAUGGCUUUCUUUCCGGGAUCUGCCACUCCAAGUGGAAUCACGUAAACUGGCAUCCAGGUUCGUUGGUCCGUUUCCCAUCGAGAAGAUCAUCAGCCCAUCACCUAUCCGACAAACUACCCAGGUCUAUGAAGGUUCACCCAACCUUCCAUGUCUCCAAACUAAAGCCAGUCCAUGAGAGCCCCCUGGUCCCCAAUGCAGCACCACCUCCCCCUCCUCGCCUGGUGGACGGGGGUCCUCUCUACACAGUUCGUCGCCUGCUCAAGUCACGCCGCCGGGGCAGGGGCCGCCAAUAUCUGGUGGACUGGGAAGAAUGUAGUCCCGAGGAGAGGAUGUGGGUUCCAGCUGGGCGGAUUGUAGAUCGGACCCUCAUAUCAGACUUCCAUCGCCUCCAUCCGGACCAACUGUCCGCCCGGCGGGGUCGACCUAGAGCGGCUUGCUCUCAGCCCAUGCCUACAUCUGACUCUGAACCCGACCCUGUGCCAUCGGUAGUUGAUUCCUCCACUGGCGAGGAGGAAAUUGAGCCAAUGCCCUCAGUGGAUGAGGCCAUGGACUGAUUAGUAGCCCUUGGUGGGCUCAAUCCUUGGGACUUCUGGAGCCGUCCCUUGAGAGGGGGGUUCUGUCAUGUAUUAAUGUUUCAGUUAUUAAUGUUUCAUCAUAUUGCAUGUAUUGAUGUUGCAGAUAUUAAUGUUUCAGCAUAUUGCAUCACACUCAUGCAUCACAAAGCUUUCGUCACAAGUUACUGUACACCCAUUAUUAUGUCACAAGGAACAACUGAGAACACUAUAUAAGCCUCGAGCAGACAACAUCCAGUGUCAGGUCGUCAGCGAUUCAGCAUACGUCUGCAUGCCAACUAGCCAUUACUGCUUGACCUGAUUGUUUCCUUUGCCUGUCAAAAUCAAUAAAAUCCUGUGUCUGCGAUACGCAACUGGUUCCU